GUCUGCUGUGAGUGGAUGUGAGAGGGGAACUCAGCAAAUGACCACACUCUAACUUUAACUCCCCACACUUCCUCUUCUGUCACAAAAUACAGAUACAUACUUUACACUUUCAGUGUUCAUGACACAACACCCAGCAACCCKUGGUCCCUUUGACUACUCUAUGAUCCACCAAAUAACAGCAGAUUGACAUGGACAAACAUUUGCAAGGAGGGAAAGCAUUUGGAUUCCUCAAGUCUCAGCAGGAUGUGAAACUGAACUCCAUCAAUGAGGUUUUUCUCACAGAUCCUAAAUAUGCAGAGGAGGAGGACCUCAGCUCAAAACUGAAAUACAAAUACAUGGAAUUUGAUCUCAAUGACCAAGGAGACAUUGACAUGAUGGUGAAGCGCAUGUUGGAGAAGCUGGGCGUGGCAAAGACUCACUUGGAGCUGAAAAAGAUGAUGUCAGAUGUGGUUGGCGGCGCUGCACGAGACACGUUCUGUUACACAGACUUUCUCAAUAUGAUGCUAGGGAAGAAGAAUUCCAUUUCUCGACUGAUCUUGAUGUUUGAGGAGAAAGGAAAAGACCAGGAGCCCAAAGAGAGUGGACCACCGCAACGCAAGACUUUUUCAGAUCUGCCCUGAAUGCAAUUACGUUAAGGAUCCAAUCUGGUCAUAUAAAAACGGAAUGUCAAAUGAACUGGGUUAUACACGGUUUCAUUGUAAGGAAUAAAGAAAGGUUUGAUUGAUCCA